AUGUAUGGGCUCUUUGUGGAGCAUACCUUGUCGGACAUGACGCUUUGGGAAGGGGAAGAUGGCGCCACCUACUUCUACCAAUCUGAGCUACCCUACGAUGCCGAGGAGGCCUUCCGAGGCUGCGGCUACCGGGUGGGUGAGGCGGUGCAGCGGCACCGGGCUACAGGCGUUGGCGUCUAUGCCUACUUCCGUGACCAUGAUGUCACCGUGCCCUUCGCGAUCCAAGCCCCGGACCGAGAAGGAGUGAGCAUCCAGAGGCUGGAUCUGCAAAGGUCGGGAGGUUGCGCAGGGCUGACCUGGAAUCACAUGCAGCCUAUCACGUGA